AUCCAAUCCAAUAAUUGUACAUAUUCAACCGGCCCAAUUUCCAAUUGCGUUAAAGCGGAAAAAACUUUUGAAAAUCUAUCAAGAAUAGUUCCAGAAUUUGCUGGAAUCGUCUAUCUGGGUUCCAUCAUAUACAUACAAUCGGAAUCGGGGGCAGAAGUGGCAGGCAGGAGGGAAAAAGGGAAACUCCGUUGAAUGCCAUGAGCCGCGGAGACGACGAGAUGAUGGACGCGGAGGGUUCAGCUCCGCCGCAGACGGCGGGGUCGAGUUCUGGCCCUGACGACGUCAGGAGUUUGCUCGAGAAGGCACGCCGACUCAUUGAUCAAGGGAGGCCAUCUCAGGCUCUCCAAGCGGUGAUUAUGGCAAUGCAAAUGCAAGGCGGGGAUGAAUCCGUGGUGCGGCGUCUGAGUUCUGCCGGCGAGAAUUACAGAAUAAGAGCUCAAGAAUGUGCGGCUGCGGACGAGUUAGCUUCAUUAUUUGCAGAAUGCGCGAUUGCAGAGGUGAAUCCUCAGCAACCUGGAUUUUUGCAGCAAAAGAAAGACCAAAACUUAGCCCUACCAGAUCCUGAUGGGAAUUCGAUCCUCGCGGAGACCGGGAGGACGCAGAUCAUGCUCGAUGCAUUCUCGGAUGGGAGCAGCUUUAUCUGUUUACGGUGUGGAGGUCUUGUCAGCAACCAUCGUAGGGAUGAACAUGAAAAGUUCUGGUGUUGUAAAAUUUGAAGCCUGUUUGCAUAGCCUUCGAAGUGGCUGAAAUAUGGAUCGAGGAUCGCUCUGAAUCGAACAUCGGCGGGCGAUUAGAAUGAAUGUUUGGCUACCAACAGCAGGCAUAGAAUGAUUAAGAAUAAUACCGAUGGUGAUGGGAACUGAACCAAUUUUUUGGCUUCUUACAGCCUUGCCAUUGCCUUGCCUUGUUGUAUAAACGAUGUUGUGCUUGUUACAGAAUUUCAUUCCGCCGCCGUAUUGAUGGUGAAAUUUUCUUCGA